AUGACUUCCACCGACCGAUGCCGACUCCCUGUCUGGCUGUCUCCGGCCUGCCGCCGUUCAUAUCUGGCAGAAUUCAUCUCCACCUUCUUCUUCGUCUUCGCUGCCGUCGGCUCCACGAUCUCCGCCCGAAUGCUAACUCCCGACGUUACGUCGGAAGCCUCGUCACUUGUUGCGACGGCGCUAGCGCAGGCCUUUGCCCUGUUCGUAUCCGUCUACAUUGCCAGCGACGUCUCCGGCGGCCACGUCAACCCCGCGGUCACGUUCGGCCUCGCUGUCACCGGCCACAUCAGCGUUCCCAUGGCCCUCCUCUACUGCAUUGCUCAGUUGCUAGGCGCCACCUUCGCCUGCUUCCUCCUCUGGGUCGCCUCAGCCGGACAGGCGAUCCCCACGACAGGGAUAGGGGCGGAGAUGACUGGGUUUGGUGGGGCGGUGGUGGAAAGCGUUAUCACCUUCGUGCUGGUGUACACGGUGUACGAAGCGGCGGACCCGAGGGGUGGUGGAAGCGGUGGCGAGAGGAGGAGAAACGGGGAGCGAAGGGUGGCGGCGUCUCUGGCUGCGGCGCUCGCUGCGGGGGCGUGCGUGCUGGCGGCCGGUUCCUUGACGGGUGGGUCGAUGAACCCGGCACGGUCUUUCGGACCGGCCGUCGUCAGCGGCAACUUCAAGAACCAAGCGGUCUACUGGGUCGGGCCUCUAGUCGGUGCGGCCCUCGCUGCCCUGCUGCACCAGAUGGUGGUCUUCCCUUCCCCUUUUCCCGCCGUGGACUCCAAUUCCACCUCCAGCGUUACGAUGGCGGUGUAG